AACCCUAAUCUCUUAUCGUCGCUACCCCGAUUCUUUGCGCCUCUUUGUGUUUGUGUGUGUGUGUGUAGGGGAGAGAGAAGAGAGGGAGAGAAAUGGUAUCCGGUUCAGGGAUCUGCGCGAAGAGAGUGGUGGUGGAUGCCAGGCACCACAUGCUGGGCCGGCUGGCCUCCAUUUUGGCCAAGGAGCUCUUGAACGGUCAGAGAGUGGUGGUUGUUCGAUGUGAGGAAAUCUGCCUUUCAGGUGGGUUGGUGCGCCAGAAGAUGAAGUACUUGAGGUUUCUCCGUAAGCGGAUGAACACGAAGCCUUCUCAUGGGCCCAUUCACUUCCGGGCUCCUUCCAAGAUUCUCUGGAGAACUAUUCGUGGGAUGAUCCCGCACAAGACUAAGCGAGGAGCAGCCGCACUUGCACGUUUGAAGGUGUACGAGGGAGUACCACCACCAUAUGACAAGAUGAAGAGGAUGGUUAUUCCUGAUGCGCUCAAGGUUUUGAGGCUUCAAGCUGGCCAUAAGUACUGUUUGCUGGGUAGACUGUCAUCAGAAGUUGGAUGGAACCACUAUGAUACUAUUAGGGAGCUGGAGAAGAAGAGAAAGGAGAGAGCUCAGGCAACGUAUGAGAGGAAGAAGCAACUGACGAAACUGAGAGUAAAAGCUGAGAAGGUUGCUGAGGAGAAGCUCGGUGCACAACUCGACAUUAUUGCUCCUAUCAAGUACUAGAUAGUGUCUAAAACAUAAGUGACAAUUUUGUCGGAGAAUGACAUUUCUGUUGGAUUCCAUUCCUGUUACUGUUAGUUUGUUAUAUUUGAGUGAUCAUUUUUCUUGUGUCAAAGACUCAGAAAUUUUUAGCGAUGACCCUGAAAUGUUAUCCUAUGCUCUCUAUUUAUUGCAUACGAUAA